CUUAACUCAAUGAGAAAUUGAAAAAGAAAAAUAAAAAUGACUACUUUCCAUUUCUACUCUCAUCUUCUUCCUCUUCCUACGACUUCUCCUACUAGUUUCAAAACCCUGAUUCCAUUGAAUGGAAUUCCUAAAUUCGUCUCUUCACCUAGACAUUCUUCUCCUUCUUCAUUACUCUGUUCUUCCUCUAAAAACAAACCUUCCCCUUCCGGUGAUAACAAUCCCAGUGACUUUUGCAUCAUUGAGGGACCGGAGACUGUUCGGGAUUUUGGGCAGAUGCAGCUGCAGGAAAUUGAAGAUAAUAUAAGGAGUAGGCGCAAUAGGAUCUUUCUCCUCAUGGAAGAGGUAAGGAGAUUGCGGAUACAACAGCGAAUAAAGAAUGUGAAAGUUAUCAAUGAGAACGGUAAUGAAGAAAUAGAUGAGAUGCCUGACAUUCCAUCUUCAAUUCCUUUUCUCUCUUAUGUGACACCGAAGACCAUGAAGCAGCUCUACUUCACAAGCCUAGCAUUUAUAUCUGGAAUAAUUGUAUUUGGAGGUCUUAUUGCACCAACACUGGAACUAAAAUUAGGUUUAGGAGGCACUUCAUAUGAAGACUUUAUACGCAACAUGCAUCUGCCGUUGCAGUUGAGUCAAGUUGAUCCCAUCGUGGCAUCCUUUUCAGGAGGGGUGGUGGGUGUAAUUUCAGCCUUGAUGCUCAUUGAAGCCAACAAUGUGGAGCAACAAGAGAAGAAAAGGUGUAAAUAUUGCCAUGGAAAUGGUUAUUUGGCCUGUGCAAAAUGUUCAGCGAGCGGUGUAUGCUUGAACAUUGAUCCUAUCUCACUAUCCAGUGCUUCUGGUCAGCCUUUGAAAGUGCCUACUACUCAGAGGUGUCCGAACUGCUCUGGUUCAGGAAAGGUGAUGUGCCCAACUUGUCUGUGCACCGGGAUGAUGAUGGCUAGCGAACAUGACCCACGGAUUGAUCCAUUUGACUAAACAAGGUUGAAGACUUCAUUUUCCCCCCUCAAAUUUUCAGGAUGACAAGCUAUUGAGCCCCUUACCUCCACCCCACAUUAAGUGAAAAAAAAUUUUAAAAAAAGGAAAAUAGAAAACUAGAAAAGUAGGGAAUGUGGGAGGAAUGUUAAAUGUAUGAUUGGUUAAUGAUUGCAAAUGUCAUAAUGGUUAAUACAUUCUCGUUCUUGCCUUUUAUCUAUUCCUGCAGAUCAAGUAGUA